CUAUAGGCCACAUUUCUUUAGAAGACAGCAAGACCUACGAACCCUCUGAAACCACACUUCCUUGCUCAAAACAAGCUCCGAACAACCCUACGCUCCCAUCUCAGCUUCAACCCACUCUUACACCUCAUCCGACAUGGUCUACAAGAUGAUGAUCUUUGUUGACGGUGGCUGUCGAGGCAACGGACAACCAGGGGCCAUCGGUGCCGCCGCCUCCAUCCUUAUGCUGAGAUACGGCGGGUAUAUAGCGUCCACGCAAUCUCUACCGCUGUACCCAGCACCCACCAACCAGCGGGCCGAGCUCAAAGCUGUCAUUCUCGGUCUUGAACAGGCUUUGGCAAGGUACGAUGAGCUGGACGCAAGCCCUGCGCUGGAUGUCACGAUCCAUUCAGAUUCCAGAUAUGUGAUUGACUGCAUGACCGUGUGGAUCGAUAAGUGGAUCCGGAGGGGAUGGAUCAAUGCUGCAGGCAACGAGGUUGCAAAUCGAGAUCUUCUGGAGCGAGCAUCGGAACUGGACGACGAGCUGAGGAAUCUGGGAAACUUGAAGUACAAGUGGAUCCCGAGGGAGGACAAUCAGAUUGCGGACGGCUUGUGCAAUGACGAUAUGGACAUGCAGCAGGGUCUAUUCUGAUGUGAGGGUUUGAGCUGGGCGGUGUUUUAUAGGUGAAAGGGUGCUUAGGGAUACUGUACGCUUGGGUUCCAAUUUGAACGAAAAUGAACUCGCAGCUAUC